GUGCUUAAAACCUUCUAAAAACCAUUUUUGAAUACACGUAUAUUCAUUUUCCCGCAAUUUCAUUGCGCGCCAAAAAAAUGAGAAUCUCGGAGAUAUCGUCGCCGGAUCUCCGGCAGAGCCUCAACGAUCCCCAAUCUCACAUACUCUCACAAAUCGAGUCUUCGAUCAAAGACCUCGAACGUCACUCGCCGGAACCUCCCUCGCCGGAGACUCUCUCCUCCGACCUUCGACUCAGCCUCACUCAGCUGACCUCCCUCUCUCCCUUCUCCAACUCCGUCAAGCUUCAGAUCUGGAAGCUCAGCUACCGCCUCUGGAACUCCUGCGUCGACCUCGCCAACGCCGCCGGAGUCCGAUCCUCUUCCGCCGCUCCCUCUGGCGAACACGCGAAGCUCCGCCACGUCUCGGCUGAUUUGCUCUUCCUCGCCGCCGAUGUCGUCGGAGUUCCGUCGCCGGCAUUCAAGUCCGCUUCGUUCUUCUAUAAAACCGGCCUCAUCUGGCACGAUCUUCGAAAUUUCAAUCUCGCCAACACUUGCUUCGAGAAAGCCACAGAUCUCACCUCUAGGAUCGAUAUUGGUGCUGUAAUAGACAGCGAAGAGCGAAAACUCCUACUAGGUCUGAACAUCGCGAGAUCGAGAACGGCUUGGGAAAUUUCGGAUCGAAAUCUGGCGAUUACGUUGCUGAAUCGAUCGAAAAGUUUACUCUUCGGAUGUGCAGAGAACUACAAAGCUUUAGCUAACCAAUAUUUGAUGUUUGGAAAAAUUGUGCUGUCGAAGAAUGAGGUUUGUGGUGUGAACGAAGGGUUGAAAUUGAUGAACGAAGCUUUAGAUCUGUGCGAGAAGGGGCUGAGGAUAGUGAAGAGGCUAGACGAAACCCUAGCUCUCAAAACAUUGAGAUCAAAGACGCUUAGAUUCAUUGCGGCUUCGCAUUUGCAGAGAGAUGAGUUCGAGAGUGUGUUGAAGUGUGUUAGGGUUUUGAGAGAUGGUGGUGGUGGAGACGAUCAUCCGAGCCUGAGUGUGUUGGCGAUGAAGGCAUGGUUAGGGUUGGGGAGGUACGGGGAGGCUGAGAAGGAGCUGAAGGGCAUGGUGGUAAAUAAGGGUGUUCCGGAGUGUGUUUGGGUGUCAGCAGUGGAGUCGUAUUUCCAGGCAGCGGGAGUGGCAGGAGCGGAAACCACGAAGGGGGUGUUUUUUGGUCUUCUGGGGAGGUGCCACGUUAGUGCAGGUGCUGCAAUCAGAGUGGUUCGAAGGGUGGUUGGGGAUGGUGUGAUUGGCGAGGGGCCGGUAAGGGCUAAGGUGGUGGCUGAACUGGUCUCGGAUGAGAGGGUGGUGGCUCUUUUUGCCGGAGAGGAAGUUGUGAAAGAGAGGACAACAAUGCAUGCAAUUCUGUGGAACUGUGCUGCACAUCAUUUUCAAUCUAAAGAUUACGAGACGAGUGCAGAGAUGUUUGAAAAGUCUAUGCUCUAUGUACCUUUUAACAUAGAGAAUAGGAUUCUCCGAGCAAAGGGCUUCAGAGUUCUGUGUCUCUGCCACCUAGGCCUCUCCCAGCUAGAUCGAGCUGAAGAAUAUAUCAAUGAGGCCGACAAGCUUGAACCCAGUAUAGCCUGUGCUUUCCUGAAGUUCAAGAUCAAUCUGCAAAAGAAUGACCACAAUGGGGCUAUUACUCAGGUGCAAGUCAUGACAACAUGCCUUGACUUCACUCCUGACUUUCUCUCUCUUUCAGCUCAUGAAGCUAUUGCUUGCCAUGCUAUUCCUGUUGCCGUUGCCUCUCUAUCAAAUCUCCUAAAUUUUUACUCCAAAGGGAAAUCCAUGCCGACAACAGAGGUCACGGUGUUGCGCACUCUAGUCAUGAUCCUCACACAAGACUCUGGCAAUGAGUCUGAAGUCCUCAAAUUCAUUAAACAAGCUCAUAAGAGGUUAUUAGAGCUUGGACCUGAUUGCUUCUUUGGGAAAGGUGAGGUGGGGAGACGGGAACGGGAUUGGCUUGCUGUGAACUUAUGGAAUAUUGGGACGAAAACAGGGAAGGAGAGAAAUUAUGAAUUAUGUGCAGAAUUCUUUAGAUUGGCAUCAGAGUUCUAUGGUGUUGUGGUUGACGGGGAAGUGGAGGGAAACAAGGUCAUGGUUUGCAAAUCAUUGAUAUUGACUGUGUCUGCCAUGAUAGCUGAUGAGAAGCAAAGAAAGGCUACAUUGCUGGACAACGAAAUCAAACAAGCCAUCGAACUGCUAGAUAGAGCCGGAAUGAUACUAAAAUCAAUCUCUUCUGGGAGCCAACCAGAUGGUGAUGAGAUCACCACCAUCGAACCCAACUUUUUCUUUAUAUACACAUUGGAGGCGUAUGACCUACAUGCAAGGCUCAACAUAAUGGGAUCCCAACAGCUCCUUCUGAUAAAGAACUUUGCUGCCUCAAAAUCUUGCAACUCUAAUUAUCUCCUUCAGAUUGGCCUUCACGCCUCACAGGGUCCACGGUCUAACCCUGAAGUAGCGGCCUUUGCUCUAAAUACCUGCCUCUCUAUCCUCCUUGCUUCCCCCUCACCAGAUUACCAAUGCGUGGCUCUCGCUGUCAGGAAACUGAUUUCUGUAUCUGCCAUUCAUAAAGGUGAUGCAGAUGAUGAUGAUGAUGUACACGGAAUGUUCAAGCAAGCAUACCGGAUUAUGGUGGGUUUAAAGGAGGGGGAGUAUCCCAUUGAAGAGGGGAAAUGGCUUGCCAUGACAGCAUGGAACCGGGCAGCACUCCCGGUGAGGUUGGGGCAGACUGAGGAAGCAAGAAAGUGGAUGAAAAUUGGGUUGGAACUGGCUGGGAAGGUUUCUGGGAUGGGCACUUAUAGGGCAUGCAUGGAAGAUUUUCUUGCUGGCUUUGAAAGUAAAUUUCAUUGCCAUGACAAUGCUGAAAGCAGGUCUGAAGUAGUCAUAAACUCAUAGACCUUUCAUGUUGCAAACACAAGAUCAGCAGCUUGUAGAUGGAUCAGUUGUAUAGAACUCCAUUUACAUAUUCCUAUUCUACUUUGUACAUGAUUCCAGUUUAAUCUUCUCUUCUAAAUUCUAAUCCUACAUCACAAUCAAUUCACAGAGAGAAACACACAUUUCUCACUAUAAAAUUUAGCCCCUCAAUAAUUUGUUUGUUUAUUUAUUAA